AUGUUCAGAUUGGUGGUGUUGUCCGUUGUCCUGGCCGUUGCCGCUGCUGCUCCUUCCGCUACCGUGAUUGCUUCGGCACCACUGGCCUACACCUCGUAUGCCGCUGUUCCAGCUGUUGUCGCGCAGAAGGAAAUCGCCUAUCAGAAGAGCAUCAUUGAGGAGCCAGCUAUUGCUCACGUCGGUAACAUUGAGAAGAAAAUCCCGACCGGAUUCUCGCACCAGAGCUUCACCCAGUACCACAACAAGCAGGUCGCCGAGGAAGUUUUCGCCCCAGCCGUCAAGAAAACCAUCGUCGAAACUCCAGUGGAGAAGACCACCUACCACACCGUAAACACCCCGGCCCUCCACACCACUUAUGUCCAGCCAGCCCCGGCUGUGGCCUACGCCGCUGCUCCCAUCGCGAAGGCUGCCUACGUUGAAGCCGCUCCAGCUCUGACCUACGCUGCCGCUCCAGCAUACACCGCAUACGCUGCCGGUCCGGCCUACGGCUAUGCCGCUGCUCCCUACACUUACGCGGCCAGUUAUCCAUCCAUCUACAGCGGAUACCCGUGUACGCCAAGCACUGAGCAGUAG